AAAUUUAAACGUAUAAAGCUAAUAUCCGACACAGUCGUCGCGUUAUUUAUUGGAGUUCAACAAUGGAGAGAGUUACAUUUUUGUUAGUCUUAUUACUUGUCAGCUUAUCGUGCGACUGUGACAAUUCUCAAAAUGAAAGCGACGAACCCAAAGCAUAUACUUACGGUACGCAAAUAAAACGUUUCAGAAAUGGGAUAGUAAAAACCAACAAUAUCCAAGGUGAGGAGACACGAGAUUUCACAAUGAGCGAUGAGCCAGUAUUAGAUCCAUAUCCUUCUAAGAUACCGUAUUUAAUGGAUCCUUCAAAGUCGAUUGGAUUUUUGCAGCCACAAGAAAUCGGUCUCGCAGAUCAAUGUUUUCCUAGGCCACAGUGUGAUUUUUUUAACAUGUACAGAACAAUAGACGGUAGUUGUAAUAAUUUACUAUACCCGACUUGGGGACAAACUAACACAGCAAACACACGAAUUAUCCAAGCUAAUUAUUCGGAUGGUUACUCUCAACCAAGAAAAGCGGUAUCUGGUCACGAAUUGCCGGACGUCCGAAAAAUACGUAAAACCAUAUUUAAAGACAUUGACAAAACUUCGCCGAAACAUAAUUUAUUCGUCAUGCAAUAUGCUCAAAUCAUUACACACGACACAGCGAGCACAUUAAUCAAAGAAAAAGGACCUUAUGGACCAGUAAAGUGUUGCAAUGAUGAUGGUUCAACGCCCGAAAUUUUACCAAAAGAAUGCCUUCAGAUUAGAAUCCCACACGAUGAGCCACAAUCAAAGUACCGAUGCUUAUCAAUUCCCAGAUCACUUGACACAUCGGAUAAGGGUUGUGACAUUAAACCGGUUAGACAAAUUUUUGGAGCCUCUAGUUUUAUCGACGCAUCGGUAUUAUAUGGCACAGACUAUGAAACAUCGCGUUCUAUAAGAACAUUCAAAUAUGGGAAACUCAGAUGGCAGUUGGGACCUAAUGGAAAAUCGUUUUUACCCAAUGUCAAAAAAGCAACAGCACUUUGCAACGUCACUCAAGAUAACACUGUGUGUUACCUUUCAGGUGAUCCAAGAAUUAACAUGCAGCCGGAAAUGACAGUUGUUAUAACUUCAUUAUUGAGACUACAUAACUAUUUAUGUGAUGAGCUUAGUCGCUUGAACCCCAAUUGGGAUGAUGAGAGAAUAUACCAAGAAGCCAGGAGAAUUCUCAUCGCAAUGCACCAACACAUUACAUAUAAUGAACUUGUUCCAAUAAUUUUAGGAAGAGAUUUUGCCAGGGAAAACUAUUUACUACCGAUGACUAAUGGAUUUGACGACAGAUACGAUCAAUAUUUAAAUCCGACUACAACCACCAGUUUUACAAGCGCUGCAUACAGAUCAAUGCAUAGCUCCAUACGUGGCUUUAUUGAAUUGGUAAGUGAAGCCCGGAAAAUAACAUCUAGAAUACGGAUAAGUGAUUUCUUUUUUAAACCGGACAUAGUGCAAAGACAAGAUAAUUAUGAUAGCUUCACCAGAGGAUUACUUACGCAACAUGCACAAGAAGUAGAUCAAUAUUUUACAGAAGAGAUAAGUGAGUCCGCAAUCAGAAUUCCAGAAAGACAUCAAAGAGUCGACUUGGUGAGCAUUGACAUGGCACGAGGUAGAGAUUACGGAGAGCCACCUUAUAAUAAAUUUAGGAAACUCUGCGGAUUGAGCGAGGCCAAGACCUUUGACAGCUUGAUCGAUCAAAUGGAUAAAAAACAUGUUGAGGCCUUAUCGAAGAUGUACGAACACGUAGACGAUAUCGACUAUUACGUGGCUGGUCUCUUGGAAAAAUCAAAACCCGGAUCUCUGUUGGGCCAUACGUUCCAAUGUGUAGUCGGAGAGAUGUUUUUCAGAUUCAAGUAUGGUGAUCGAUAUUAUUACGAAUUUGGAAAUCAGAUUGGUUCUUUUAAACUAGAACAACUCAAUGAAAUAAGAAAAACGACAUUAGCACUCGUUGUGUGUUUAACAUCGGACAUUUAUUCUGUACAACGCAAUAUGUUUGAAAUACCCAGUAGUCGUAAUCCAUUGGUAACCUGCAACUCUAUACCAAAACUCGAUUUGUCUGCCUGGAAAGAAGAUUAAAAUAUAACAUUUCAAUAUUUGGAUUAUGAUAUAUACUUUCUAAAUAUUUUACGCCUUUUGAGUCAAGAACGGUCGACUUAUUUCAUUGAAAAAUUUGGAUAAUUUUUUUAGCUUUUUGUCAAAAUAAAAUAUAAAACAAUAAUUUUGGUUUUCCUGGAUUAUAUUCUCUUACUUUUUGCUACCACUAGUACCAGUACAACUUGUUUAAUAAUAAAUACGUGUUGAUAUUUUAUGUUUUAUUUUUCUCCGCCAAAGUCAAUACUAUUGUCUGAUGGAUAAUAAAAGGAAGAAAGAAAGAUAACUUUAGAUUAUCGAAUAUGAGAUGUGUAUUAUUAUUGUUGUUCCUCGUUAUAUUAAAAUAACAUAUGUAUAACUCGUGAUAAUAAUUUGAAUUUUAUUGCAUUUUUUUGAACCAUUGUUAGUUAAAACAUCGAAAAAUUCUAAAUUCAAAAAAUAAUAAUAAUCUAUAAUAAAACUGAUUCUUCAAUCGUUUUUAUCAGUGCCGUAGCCAGACAUUUUUUUUUUUUUGGGGGGGGGGAGGCUUAAUAUUUGUUCUAGUUUUGCAAUGCUAGAAUAUCUUAUUAUAUGACCCCUUUGUUCAUAAAGUGUAUCUACUCUUUUUAUGACAAUAUAUUUAUUAUAACAAUGUAUUAACAUUAUUGUAA